AUGACGCCGCCAUUCUCUUCGCCUGUUUCUACAGCAGCAUCUCAAAGGGAAAGCCUUACGCAGGGGAUUGGUCUAGGCAUUUCUACAGGUGGGAUAGAAACAUCUUUCAACCACCUGAGGGCUGGGACUCCAUCAGGACACUACUCGGCGGCGCCGCCUUUGCACAACCAACUGGUAUCCAGUGACGCACUCUUCUACAGCUUUCCCUUGGAUAUCUCAAACCAUCCGUUUCGUGAAGUCUACAAUAGCUGUUCAACCACCUCCAAUUCCCCCAUUAGCCUUUACAGUGCUCAGACGCUGAGUGCAUCUCCAAGUUACAAUUCCGCAUUGGAGUUUCCCUCCAGCCAGGAACCGUUCUCGAGCCAGCCUUCUGGCCUUUGGGCGACGACCCCAUGCUCUCGAACCACGACACCCAACGAGAUUGUUGCUGCAGAUGAUGAAGCAAAGAGCCACUGGUGUCGAGAUGUGUUCGCCGAUAGGCUCAUCCCUGCCCCCGCAUCGAUGUCGUCAGCCGCAACUUCCUCCUUCUCCCCUACAACGCUGGUGGAGGAGAUUGAUCCGAGACAAAUGGUUAACGAGCCACAAGGCGCAGCAGCAGACAACGCUGUCAGCAGUCCCUCAAACUCCAACCAGAGGACUCGGGUCUCAUCGCCCGCUGAUAAACCAUCUGAGAUUGAGUUAGGGCUCAGGUGUCCCGUAUGCGGUGCCAAGUUCACCAGGAAAUCUAACUGCCGGGAACAUCAGAAGAGGCAUGAUCCUAAGUUCAAGAAAAUGUUUACAUGCGAUACAUGUGGUGGAUCAUUCCGCAGAGGCGCAGACCUCCGAAGGCAUACGGAUAGUGUGAGUGAAGUCUUAGACUCCCCGAGCAGCAGGCGCUAA